UUCCCUGUUCCUGCACACCUACCUCACAUGGUGUGUAUGUGUGUGUGUCCUGUCCAUCCAGACAGGGCUUCGCUUGCACAGCGUCUCUACUCGCUCCUUCUCCUGACAGCAAUAAAGGGGGAGGGGGCUGGGGAGAAGCUUGAAACAACUGAGACCCACAGAGAGAGAAAAUAGAAGCAACAAGAGACACUGGCGGAGCUUGUGUUUUCCUGGAGUCAGUUGGUGUCCGCUGAUUUUUUUUUGUUAAAUUACUGUGUUUGGGGAGGUGUGUGAGUGUCUGUGUGAGCUUUCUCAUCCUGGAUGCAGUUGCUGGAUCCUGCAGAGCGAGUCUUCAUGAACGAUCCGCACCAAUUAGAGAUUGCAAGGCAUUCCCGGGUCACCAGUCUGCCACUAUGGUUAAAUGUCUUGUUUAAUGGUUGAGAGGUGUGGAGCUACCUCAUUUGACAGUCCUGAUCAGAAUGCCCUAUGUGUUCGCAUGCUAGGAAAUGCACGAGUGAGAGGGCAAGCAGGGCUUCUUUCUGAGCGCCGAGGGUCAUACCCAGUCAUUGAUUUUCGCCUUCUGAACACAACUGCACAUUCAGGUGAAAUCAGCACAAGGAAAAGGGUGAAAAGACUUUUGAGCUUUCAGAGGUAUUUCCACGCUUCUCGACUGCUACGUGGCAUUGUACCACACACAUGUCUGCAUUUAUUGGAUGAGGAUUACCUUGGGCAAGCCAGACACAUGCUAUCAAAAGUUGGGAGGUGGAAUUUUGACAUUUUCUUGUUUGACCGACUAACGAAUGGGAACAGCCUUGUCACCCUGUUAUGUCACCUGUUUAAUGUCCAUGGUCUCAUUCAUCACUUCCAGUUGGAUAUGGUAAAAUUGCACCGAUUUUUAGUCAUGAUUCAAGAGGAUUAUCACAGCCAAAACCCAUACCAUAAUGCUGUUCAUGCUGCUGAUGUGACUCAGGCAAUGCACUGCUAUCUAAAAGAACCAAAGCUCGCCCGGUUUUUGACACCACUUGACAUCAUGCUUGGUUUGACAGCAGCUGCUGCGCACGAUGUUGAUCAUCCAGGAGUCAACCAACCAUUUCUGAUCAAAACCAAACACCAUCUAGCCAGUUUAUACCAGAAUAUCUCUGUCCUGGAGAAUCACCACUGGAGAUCAACAGUUGGAAUGCUCCGAGAAUCAGGUCUGCUAGCUCAUUUGCCCAUGGAAAUGAUACAAGAUAUUGAGCAACAGUUAGGAUCUCUCAUUCUGGCCACGGAUAUUAGCCGACAAAACGAGUUUCUUACAAGAAUGAAAACUCAUUUGGACAACAGAGAUUUAUCAUUGGAAGAUGCAGAUCAUAAACACUUCAUACUUCAGAUAGCACUGAAGUGUGCAGACAUCUGUAAUCCUUGUCGAGUUUGGAAUAUGAGCAAGCAAUGGAGUGAGAAAGUCUGUGAGGAAUUCUAUAGACAAGGUGACCUAGAGCAACGGUUUCAGUUUGAAGUUAGUCCACUGUGCAAUCAACAGAAAGACACCAUUCCCAGCAUACAAAUAGGCUUUAUGAGUUACAUUGUUGAGCCUCUGUUUGUGGAAUGGUCGCGUUUUACUGAAAACACUCCUUUGACCAUAACAAUGAUGAGUCAUCUGUGCAAAAACAAAGCAAGGUGGAGGGGACUGCUCCUUAAACAACACAACAGUGAGGACAACUCAGCCCAAGUGAAUGAAGACAAAAAGAGAAUUUGUGAAGAAGUUGAACAUCAAUAAUCUAAUCCAGUUAGAUGGUCCAGUCAAAUAAUGCCAUGUAUUCUUCACACACCUUUUCUGUUUUCAAAAUUUACUUUUAAAUGACAUGAGAACAUCCUCAAGGGACUGAGAACAAAUUCUCCAGAGAAAAAAAAAGGAAGAGACCAACUUUAUCCAAUUAAGAGUGAUUGUCUGUUCCAAGAUCUGUCUUCAGUUUUGAAAAUGUGUGCUGCAUAUUACCUCAGCAACCCUCCAAUAACUUUUGAUUAAUAAAAACAAAAUACUUGAUAUUUGAAUUACAGUAGCAGGAUUCACAGUCCACAUUAUCAUGCAUCAUGUUCAAUGGCACUUAAGGUUAUACUGCUGAGUGGAGGAUAAUGUGGACUGAAAAUGAUACUGAAUGGAGGCAGAAGAGUUACUGAAAGAAAGUCAGCUUUACUUCAUUGUGGUGCAGUUAGAAGACUCAUUCAGCAAGGUGGCUUUUGCUACAACUGACAAAUGCUGAAGAACAUAAUAUUCAACUGCUCUGCAGCUGGGCUGCACCAUAAUAAACCAUUGCUAAAACCAGCUUCGACUGAGCUCAGAAUCCAUCAGGUUUUGAGUGUGCACUGAGAAUAAGACUUUCUUUUUGGAAUGACUACGAAACUUUUUCAUUUUUGUACCUUUUGCAUCAGAAAGCAUUUGUGGCAUUCAGAACUGGAUUGCAUACCUACUGAGUACAUAUAGAAUUUUUCAUGUAUAAUUAUAAAUAAAAUUAAGAUGCAGAGAUGUAAAUAUGAUCAGUUAGAAGACACACAAUUCCAUUUUUUGUUCUGUCUCUGUCUCAGUCCCUUUUUUUUCCACAAAUACUUAGUAGAAAUGAUAAACAACAAAAGAUCGGUACAAUUAGAAUUCUGUGUUCAAAAAAUAUUACACUGUGAAAAAUAAAUACCAUUGGUAUUUAAUGAAGCCAAAAAUUAGAAUCAUAGAACAAAUGUAAAUAGCUGUUUUAGUUGUAAUACACUGGUAUGUUCCUAAAAGCCUUAACAUUGCACCCAUUGCUAUACUUACACUGUUUUGAUAAUUAAGCACAAACAUCCUUUGUACUAAACUCCUAUUUGUUGUUAUUAAUUACAGCACGCUGUUUCAUUUCUAUUGUUCAAGUUACAGUCCUUAACAAAAGCAUCAAAACUUCACAAACAUUCCAUGUUUUCAUUUAUUUUUAAUUGUUUACUGAGGCAACUAUAGAGUUUUUUUUAAUCCCACUAUUGCAUAACAAGGUCAUCAAAUUUGAAAACAUUUGACAAUUUUGUACAGGUUUGUCAUUUUACUGAAGCCCCUGCUUAUCAAUUUAAGGUCUAUGAAAGUAACUGCUUUUUUUUAAAAAUGUACUUUUCUGCUUAAAAAUCAUAAAUGAACAGAUCAAACCUGAACAUCAUGUUGUCAUGCUCCAGAGGUUGAAAAUGUAUUUAUUAUUCUAUUGACAGCAAAAGAAUAUCUUACCCAAAACACUUUUUGAAAUGCUUUGUAAUACAGGCUGUUUUGUUUUAUUAAUGAAAGAAAAAAAACAGGCUUGUUAUUUGCCUCUCUGUUCAAAUGUGGGUAAAUGAAGUUGAAGUUGAGGUAUAGAUCAGCAAAGAUCUAAUUAAAUCAUGGAACAGGUUUGCGGAGUAAAUAACCCAUUCCUGUUUAUACAUAGUCAUGGAUUUAAUUUACACAACAAGAAUGUACCUUACAACAUGUGUAAGUAACUAAAAUGAUCACUAUUACAGAAUUGUGUACACCUAAACUUAAUUAAUGUAUAAAAGGCAAUAUUUUGAUUUGGAAGUUAGGUUCUUACAUUCCUGUAACCUAUGUAAACAAGCCUUACAGCUGUAUGAUAGCACCAUUUUAAAUGUAAACUUUGUCUAAUGCUGAAAAUUUGUGAUAUGUUGUGAAAUUUGCUGUGACUGCUAUGCAGUGUUGCCAAGAGUUAUUAUUGUUAUUUCUAAAAACUAAAUUUUAAACAAGAAGAGUGCUGUACUUUCAGUUCUCAAUAUUUUGGACUGCAACUAAUCAUAAUUAGAAGAUUUUUGUAAAUGUCACUUGUGUUUUCCAUUUAUGAAAAAGAUAAAUAUGCAAACAAAGCGA